UUUUGGAACUAGAGAAAGAUGGCUUUAAGACUCCGGCAAUCCUGUUUGUAACAGAAAGUAUAAGUAGCGGGAUGUUGUCUCUUUAUUCAAUUUUAGCAGUGCCUUUCGUAAUGGCUGUGAUUGGGUCCAUCAUCCUAAGCCUUGUGAUGUGCAUUCAUGAUUUUUUCAAAACACGCAACUACCUCCCUAAACUUCACUUUCGGGAAUCAACGUUGACUUGUCAUCUUUUGAAAAAGUGUAAUUUGCAAGCUCGACCAUUUGCACCACCUUUCUGGUUGCGGAAUGCUCACGUUCAGACGAUUCUCGCAGCUAUUAUGCCUAAAACGGAAGUGAACUUUGAUCGCGAGUACUUGCAAAUGCGAGAUAAAGGAAUUGUGGCAUUGGAUUGGGUUGUUAGUGUGCAACCUAAGAUCAAAAAGAAAAGCACCAUCUUAUUAAUUAUACCAGGAAUUACCGCAGAUGCUUUAAGCGUUGGUGCUCUUUGUCAUUGUGCUAAUCAAAAAGGACUAAAAACCGUCGUGUUCAACAGACGAGGCCACGGGGGCAGUGUAUUAACGACUCCUAAAUUGCAAAGCCCUGGCGAUCCAGCUGACUUAAGACAAGUUGUGAAAUAUAUAAAACUGAAAUAUCUAAAGGCAAAAAUAGCCGCCGUAGCCUACGGCACUGGUUGUGGAUUAUUAAUAUCAUAUCUGGGGGAGUUCGGCUCUUCCUCUUUAGUGGCUGUUGGCGUAUGUAUUUCGCCGUGUUACGAUGUGUCUGAACGUUUCGCCAACUCGAUGUAUAGUAUUUAUGAUUACGUUUUCUUAUUUAGAUUAAAAGCAAUAUUGUGUAAUCACUCCAAGGCAUUAUCAAGUGUGAUUGACAUGAAAAUAGCAAUGCAAUCCUCGUCCUUUCAGGAAUAUGACGCUUCUGUGUAUUGCAAGUUAUAUGGCUAUGACAAUAUGGAGGAAUAUUGGGAUAGAAACAACCCUAUUCGUGACGUAGACGAUAUAUCAGUACCUGUUUUGUGUAUAAACAGUUUAGAUGACCCGUUUAACUCUGAAAGUGACAUUCCCUAUGAACUGUUUAAAUAUUAUCCUAAUUUUCUAUUGGUUGCAACUGAGCGUGGCGGCCAUUGUGGAUUUUUAGAAGGAUUGCCGCCUAGCUCAUGGGCUGAUAAAUUGUGCUUGGACUAUAUCGACGCUGUUCUAGAAUUCACUAUCAAAGGAUAUACUCACAAUAAUAGGGGGGCUGUAAGAUCAACUAUUUAAAAGAAACACGAGUUUCUUUAAUUUUUUAAAA